AGACGUCAGAAUGGUCAGAAUAAAAAUUUAGUGCAAAACAUAAAUAGUAAAUUAGCAAGAAAGUGCUGGAGAUCUUAUAGAUUAAGUGCACAUAAGUUAACAUACUAAGACAGAAUGUUAAGUGUAGAAGAACAGUACAUUUACUAUAAGUGAGUAACAUGCAAAAAAAGGAAAUCAACAUAGCUACCAUAAUUCGCGACCGUGAGCAUGGAACCCGACGGAUCAAUCCAAAAGCGUUCAAAAAGAUUGCUCUGGAGCUGGCUGAAUAUUCACUUUUGGAACGGCUGAGGAGUGAAGAUCUUUGCCAGCCUCUGGACGAUCUAUCGAACGAAACCGAGUCGGUGUUCAACGUAGAACAAAGUCAUGAUGGGUGCUAUGCCGCAACAGUACAGACAAACAAGAGUGUAAAUAUCUUUCAAGUUUGUUCAAUGAAAAAAAGAGCCGAGUAUCAUACGAAUGAGCGAUCAGUAUGGACAUUGGCGUUUCAUCCAUCCAAUUCAGCCAUAAUUGCUUUUGGAACGCUGGGCGGAAAAGUUUUCGUUUAUGUUGAUGGCAAAGAGUCCGCUUGGUUGGAGGAACCGGAACUCAUUGCUUCGUUAUGUUUCCAUCCCAUUGACAACUAUCUGGUGCUGGCCAGUGGAAACGAAGUAACGUUCUGGGAUUGGAAACACAAUUCCAUAAUGAGCACCGGAACGACGUAUAAUGAUUCCAAGUGCCGUUUUUUGCGAAUUACAAAUAAUUCGAUGCUUGUGACGGGCAUCUCGCAAACGAUUCUUUUCGCGUCUGCAUCGAUAGGAAAGAACUUGGCGAGCGUGGAGCCUCAGUAUCUGAUGGCUUCUUUCCUAAGGACGGUCAACUAUAUGCUCGAUUCGUUGGAGCAUGGCUGCACUAUAGGAAACAGUUUCAAUGCUGAGUUCAAGAAGCAGUUUUACCUUUGGAACCAUUUGCUUAAGGUUAUCAUAGAUAAGAGAAAAGAGCUGAGAUGCUAUUCCAGUAUCAAAGAACAAGCCGAGUGCACAAAUUCCUAUCUCAAUAAUACGCUUAUUAUUUUGAAUCGUCGAAUAGACAGUAUGCUAGAAACCGUUGAACGCUCCGUUUUCAGAUUACUUCCGGAAAGCAGUGGAAUUAUUGAUCAUGAAUAUAUUGAACAGUUUUGCCGGCUGCCAAUGCUGUAUUUUGAACAAGUGUGCUCCAGUUAUGUGGAGCAAAUGUAUAGUGGCUAUAUUAGGUACAUCUUCGAUUUGUCGUUGGUAAAAAAUAUUUUGUAUAAGAUUUUCAAACUAUACUUUGACUAUGAACACAAGCUUCCUUUCGAGGAAUGGUUGAAAUAUGAGUAUCACAUUGAUAGUUGCAUAGUUUCUCGAAAUACGCCGAACAAAAAUCACUUCAUCUUACAAGCCUGGGAACUGAAAGACUUUCGCGAAACUUCGGCUGCACCGGAUUUCAAAGAAGACUGGAAAAACAUUAUCUCUAUUUGCUCAAUCAACAAUGACUCGAAUGUGUCGAUAUCGCAAUGUGAGCAAUUCGUGGCUUCAGUUCACUGUAAAGCGGUUCAGGAAAUGGAGGUGCGCAGUCUCUGUCCAGCGAACUUCGGAGAAUGCAUUUUCGUAUUUAGGUUCACGGCAAAUUUCGUAUCCUUAUCGUUCUCACCGUCGGGCAAAUAUAUUGUAAUAGGGCUACGAUGUAAAAAGCGCCUUAAGUAUGCAUACGUUCUGGAUAAGGAUACCAGGUGGAAAAUUGGCGUUGACUUCCGUUAUGAGCUCAACGAUUCCAGAAAUCGGGAGGCCGAUACAUCGUCGCCAAACAAUCGUGUCGGUUUGAAGUUAUGCCUGCCAAAAGAAUCCUUCAACUAUAAGGAAAUCAACUGCAUCAAGUGGUCAACACUGCCAGGAUACGGGCUUCUCAUAGGACUGAAAUCAAAAUUUAUACAAAUCUGCAGGUAACUGUCAACAGCGGACAUUUUCUAUGGAGAUAAUUUGUUUCAAUCAUACCUUGAUGACUGCCUGAUGAGUGCGGUUGAUGCAGUGGUUUAAAUUGUGUAGAAAAAAAAACAGGAGAGGUAGGCAAAAGAUAUUUUAGUUAUAAGAUAAAGAUUGUUGCUUCGGUUCCCUUUGUUCUGCUGUCCGAAACAUGUUGGGUGUAGAACUCUUAAAUCGUAUGGAUUUUUCCUUCAAUGAAAGCGACAAUCUUUAUCUUGUAACUAAAAUAUCUUUGAGGUAGGCGUAUAGACCAACAUAUGCAACAUCUGGAUUUGGUUCUUAAAAGCAGUGCUAAUUCUUUACCACCUUUUUAUUAUAUAUACUACUUAUCAUGUUCGAUCGCGCACCAAAUAAUUAGGUUUUAUUUAAUAAGCAGAACAAAAUAACGCGAGUCUCGAGACUGUUCUGCACAUCCAAAUCAUGUUCAAUCGUGUACCAAUUAAUUACCUUUUUCGUUCGCAUAAAAAGUUGAACAAAAAAUCGA